AUGGCAAGUUGUGAUAGUGCAACGAUUCCAUGCAACGACAAUUUUCACAAGAAGAUGGAUGAUAAUGGAAGCAGAGAAUUGAACGAGGAAAUAAAAAAGAAUCGCAUUGUCAUUUCUGAUAGAGAUCCUUUCAGUUAUAAUGGUGACCGUCUUGUGGUCAAGCCUAAUGCCGAAUUGAUGCAAUUUCUGCCUCCAGAAAAUGUGAAUGGUAAAGAACUUACAGCUCUACAGGUAAUGGAAUAUCUGAUUGAUUAUAUAUCUAGCCGUAAGUUGUGUAAUCCUCUUAGAGCGGAUUAUGUGGAUUGUAAAGGAGAUCCUUUGGAAAAAUUACUUUCUUGUGAUCAAUUUCCGGUAGCCAAUUUAUGGGAUCGACUAAAAAUGCAUCUAGAGGUUGUUCCGGUUGCGAACGAACAAAGUGUCAUAAAUGUUGACUGGAGAUCAAGACAGAAUUCUCAGGCUCACUAUGACAAUUCAUUAACAAAAGAAGAGAUUCCUGAUAGUACAGAAGUAGCCAAGGGUAGUAAACCCACAUUAUUUAGUGUAUUAGAAAAAUUAAAAGCUCAAGUACAGCAGCAGCUCGAUUCUGUCGUUGGGUAUGAGACCAGUACAGCUUCGGAACCAGAAGAAAAUGACUGGUCAUUGGAGGACACUAAUUAUCCAACUUUUGAAUUGGAACCAGUAACAGAUAGUGAAACCGAUGCUCCAAAUUCAGGAUAUUCAAAUUCUUCUUCUUCGGAUGUUGUCGAAGUAAUAUCGAGCAUCAAGGAUGAAAGAAAUUCAGCCGACAACAUUGGAGAUGAUGAUCCAGAGAUUGGUGAAAAAGAUCACUGGAAGUGUUUGUAUUGCCAACAGUUAAAUAAUCCAAUUGCUCGUAAUUGUGCAUUUUGUUGGAAAUUACGUGAAAAUUGGUUACCUAGUGAUGACGAUAUUGCUGUAGACGAUACCAAUGACGGUACGUUAUCUUUGAUACCUCAAGAUGAUGACUUGGAGCUUUCGACAUCUGCCAAUAGUAGUAUAGAUUUUAGUUUAAGGCAAGAAUCAGAUAGUUCUGGCUCGGAGAGUCACAUUGAUUCACCUGUUAGAAGUAAUAAUCGCAACAAUAGAUUAAAGAAGGAGCAACGGAAGAAGAAACAUUGCAAAAUAUCACGUCAGCUUAAAAGGUACAAGUCGGCGUCAAACAAGAGAUUGAGUACUGUUGAUGGAAUGUGCAUGAUUUGCCUUUCUGAGCCGAGAUCGGCAAGUAUUAUUCAUAUAAAUGAAGGUAUUGGUCAUCAAGUUUGUUGUUACAAUUGUGCGGAAAAGUUACGUCGUAGACGGAAAAAAUGCCCAAUUUGUCGCAGACCAAUUGAGCUUAUUGUGCAGAAUUUUAUUGGUUGA